AUGUGGAGUCUUGUGGUUCUUUGCAGCGUAAUCGCUUUGCAUGGAGUGCAAGGUGAUGAACGCUUCCUAACAACACCCCCUGCGGAGUCUGCAGUUAUUGACUGUGGUGGAUUCCUGUAUUCCUCAAACGGUACCAUUAAAAGCCCCAACUAUCCAAACAACUACCCAAACUAUGCAGACUGCACGUGGUACAUCAGACCUGGCUACAAUAUCGUGAGGCUGGAGUUUCUUUCUCUACAACUUGAGAGUCAUGAACAUUGUGGUUUUGAUGCCGUUAAGGUCUAUGAUGGCUCAAAUACUGGGCAGAGACUCCUGGGGAUGCUGUGUGGUUCCAAUACAUCCACUUUUUAUUCCACUGGGCCUUUUAUGACUGUGCGAUUCAGGAGUGAUAGCAUAGUCCCCGAUCGAGGAUUUCUGGCUGAGUACAAGACUGUUACUGGAGGUUCCUGUAGAUACAACUGUGGUUACACCGUUGGAAACUGCUCUUGCUCCUCUAGUUGUAAAUACAGAGGUAACUGCUGUCCAGACUACAAAGUUUACUGCUCUUCAAGUACUCCAACUACUGUCAGUCCCAUAACAGCUCGUCCCUCAUGUCGUUACAACUGUGGAUCAUACAUGGGAAGCUGCUCCUGCUCAAGCUCUUGUCAAUACUAUGGCAACUGUUGCCAUGACUACUACUCUUACUGCUCUCAAACCACUGGAGUCCCUCCUACAGCUCGUCCAUCAUGUCGUUACAACUGUGGAUCAUACAUGGGAAGCUGCUCCUGCUCAAGCUCUUGUCGAUAUAAUGGCAACUGUUGCCAUGACUACUACUCUUACUGCUCUCAAACCACUGGAGUCCCUCACACUCCCACAGCUCGUCCCUCAUGUCGUUACAACUGUGGAUCAUACAUGGGAAGCUGCUCCUGCUCAAGCUCUUGUCGAUACAAUGGCAACUGUUGCCAUGACUACUACUCUUACUGCUCUGAGACCACUGGAGUCACUCCCACAGCUCGUCCAUCAUGUCGUUACAACUGUGGAUCAUACAUGGGAAGCUGCUCCUGCUCAAGCUCUUGUCGAUACAAUGGCAACUGUUGCCAUGACUACUACUCUUACUGCUAUGGAUGGAAUACCACCCCCACCCCCACAGAAAAACCGUGUGGGGGCAGUCUGUUUGGCUCUGGCUCCCUCACCAGCCCCUAUCACCCCAGUUACUACCAUGACAAUGCUAACUGUGUCUGGCAACUCAGAGCACUAUCUCAAGAAAGACUCUACCUGACAUUCACAUAUCUGCAACUGGAGAACUGCUGCGAGUGCGACUACAUUGCAGUCUAUGAUGGACCAUCUCUAAAUUCAAGAUACUUGGGGAAAGUGUGUAACGACUCUCUGAAGACUUUCCACUCUUCUUCCAACUACUUGACUGUGCUGUUCCGGACUGACGGUUCUGUGGUUGGCAGAGGGUUCAGGGCUGAGUUCAGAAACUCCCUGGCACCACACUUAGGCCGAGUGGACUGCUCCUCAGACAACAUGAACAUUGUGAUUCAGAGGAGCUACCUGAACUCACUUGGCUAUAACAGCUACAGUCUGUACCUGAACGACCCACACUGCAGACCUCAGGUUACCUCAUACCAAGUGGUUUUCAAUUUCCCCAUUAACACCUGUGGCACCACUCAGGAGUUUGACAACGACAGAAUUACCUACACCAAUGCUGUCCGUACUGAUGGCCCAGACCUGGGAGAAAUCACUCGCCAAUCUCACUUUAAGUUGAACGUGAGCUGCAUAAUGGAGCAGGACUCAGUGUCUCAGAUUAUUUAUAGGACGGAACACAAUGAUAACAGCAGCGUCAUAGGCACUGGUAGAUUCAAUACAACUAUGGCUUUCUACACAUCAAGCAAUUUCUAUUACAAGGUGACUGAGGUGCCAUACCAGGUGCAACUCAACCAGUAUUUGUAUGUUCAAGUGGACCUAAGGAGGAGUAACAGCACCCUGGUCCUCUAUCUCGAUACCUGUGUGGCCUCACCCUCACCCCAUGAUUUUCAGACCAGAACCUACGACCUGAUUCGUAACGGAUGUCAUGGAGACAACACCGUCUACACAUACCUGUCAGGUUCCCAUCCCUAUGCACGUUUCAGAUUUAAUGCCUUCAAGUUCCUGCGUGCUACAGAGUUUGUUUAUAUCCAGUGCAAGGUCCUGAUAUGUCCAGCCUCUGACUACAACUCCCCAUGCCGCCAUAAGUGCAACAGAAGGGUGGCUAGAGACCUGGGGUCAGACCAUGACAGCCAAACUGUGGUCCUGGGUCCCAUCACACUCAAAGAGCCUGAGAAAAAGGAAGGGACUCAUCAGGAGGCUGAGGCUUAACCUGACACGAAGAUUAACUUCUCAAAUCAUUACAUAAUAAUCACUGUUGCUGCUGUAGUUCUGUUUAGACAAUGUCUCCUAUUUACUCUUUAUGGCAUAACUUGAUUAAAAGCAUCAU